GCCCUGCCCGUGCGCGCCGUUCACGCCAAAUUCCAAAGGAUGGGAUCUCGAUUGAUUCUCCUUCCGAUAAAAAGCAAGCAAGAAAGGCAGCUGCUCCAGCCACCAACCCAAACCUUGCCUGUAUAAACCCCGCGAUUUCGAAUCCAUUUGUUCCAAUCUAAUCACUCUUACUCCUCCGCUUCCCCCGCUCCUUCCUCGCAGCCUGCCAAGCCCGCUGUCCCACCCGGGUGUCGUGUUCAUCUCGUCGUCUUCGCUCGCAGAUGGGGAACAUAGCUAAGGACUUGACUGCUGGAACCGUCGGAGGGGUCGCCAAUCUAGUCGUCGGCCAUCCGUUCGACACCAUCAAGGUCAAGCUCCAGAGCCAGCCCAGCCCUGCUCCAGGCCAUCUUCCCAAGUAUGCCGGCGCCUUGGACGCUGUCAAGCAAACUAUCGCAGCCGAAGGCCCCAGGGGAUUGUAUAAGGGUAUGGGGGCUCCUCUCGCUACUGUCGCGGCCUUCAACGCUCUCCUGUUCGCCGUAAGGGGGCAGAUGGAGUCCCUCUUGAGGUCGGAGCCUGGGGCACCUUUGACUGUCAAGCAGCAGGUUGUCGCUGGUGCUGGUGCUGGCUUUGCAGUCUCCUUCCUGGCGUGCCCGACAGAGCUUAUCAAGUGCAGGUUGCAAGCCCAGAGCUCUUUAGCUGAGGCAGCAGCUGCCUCCAGCGUGGCACUACCCAAAGGGCCAUUGGAUGUGGCGAAGCAUGUCAUGAAGGAUGCUGGCUUGAAAGGUCUAUUCAAAGGACUGGUGCCCACGAUGGGCCGUGAGAUCCCUGGCAAUGCCAUUAUGUUCGGCGUGUACGAGGCCGUCAAGCAGUACAUGGCCGGUGGCCAGGAUACGUCGAGCCUCGGCCAGGGCUCCCUCAUCCUCGCUGGGGGCCUUGCUGGAGGAGCUCUGUGGCUCACGGUGUACCCGACCGACGUCGUGAAGAGUGUGAUCCAGGUGGAUGACUACAAGAAGCCAAGGUUUUCAGGGUCAAUCGACGCGCUCAAGAAGAUCGUCACAGCUGAUGGUGUGAAGGGCUUGUACAAGGGGUUUGGACCUGCAAUGGCCCGCAGUGUCCCCGCCAACGCUGCCACCUUCGUCGCCUACGAGAUCACAAGAUCUGCUAUGGGUUGACCCAUGCUCCAGCAUCGUCUCCGUCUCUUCUCAUACACAACUGGAACAAAGCAACAUUUCACAGAGCUAUCUUAGAACUAUUGGUGCCAUGGCAAGUUUUUUUUUUUCUUUCGAACUAUUCUUCACGGCAACAUUUGCAUGUCUGAAAGACCUCGCAAAGAUUGGCAGCAAUGGCAGGGUUGUUGAUGCAAUAAGCUUUUAAUA